GUGGAUUUAACAGGUGACAUCAAUAAAAUAUCAUAGCUUUCACCUGGUCAGUCUGUCAUGGAUAGAGCAGGUGUUCCUAAUGUUUUGUACACUCAGUGUAUAAUUAUUUGAUAUUGUCUAUACAGGAGACAGUCAUCUGGGAGGUGGGUUGGAGGCCAACAGCAGCACGGAGUCCUUUGAGCUGGUCACAGAGGACAACAAUGGAGGAAAGCAAGCGGCAGAAGUGCCGUUGACAGAAGAUGACUGGGUCCCUCUAGAGCUGUGCUUUGGGAUGCCUCUCUUCAGCUCCGAGCUCAACCGCAAAAUAUGCCGAAAGAUCGCCUCGCACGGCCUCUGUAGCAAAGACAGCCUUCAAGACUUACUUCAUUCCAGCCGAACACUAUCAUUGAAGGUCCUGAGUUUUGUUCAGUCGUUCCAGGAUGGCAGCCAGGGUCAGCCCGACCCUGACAGUGGAGUGUCCGGUCCUCUCAGCCAGCCCCCGGCCGAGUCUGGUGUUCCGCUGCCCGCUCUCAACCUCAUCUUCAAGGAUGGACAGCUGAGGGAGUGGAGUGGACGAGCACCUCCACCUCCCACAUCUCAGCCCUGCAGAAAGACCAGACCUUAUAGACCCCUCCACAUCUCAGCCCUGCAGAAAGACCAGACCUUAUAG